GGUAGUGACAUAUGAAACAAAGAAAUAUGCAAAUUCUUGACCAGAAGACCAAAGACGUCUUCAUUGUAUCCCAGGUGCUUUUCUGGAGGACAGGAUUGAUUUGUAAGGGAGAAGAUGUCUUCUUAUGAGCAUGAAGCUUCCAGAUGGAACCUGAGACAUGACCGCAGAACAGAGGAGCUCUUGGAGCCUGUGGUCUCCCACUGUGAUGCUAGCAUAUUUGGAUCAGAGAAACCUCUCAGUGGCAUAGAUCAGUGCUUACACAUUCCUGGAAAAGCAGACUCUGCAUACAGUUCUUUCUCAGGGGGUUCCAAUCUUCCAGAGUAUCCUGCCCCAUUAUGCUACACUGAAAAUGACCCUCUGCCUCUAGACCAGCUGCCUUAUAUGGACUCAGGAUAUGUAAGAAGUAUUUAUAAUCCCAGUGCAAUAAAUACUGAGUUUAGACAAAUGCAUGAAAAUAAGGCAAUAGGAAAGAUGGAGAGAACUGGUCACAACCAAAUAUAUGGAAGUACUCCUAUCCCAGGGAUGUCAUAUGAGAUACAAUCACCGCUGGCCAGAUUUGCAUCUCCUCUUCCUCACCCACCGUCCCCACCAACUCGAGUGGACAGCUGUAAAGCUAACAGAAAUGGAGGGCAGCCUCCUGGAAUUUGUUUUGACCAGAGUGAACAAGGAGAUGCGUACAUGCAAAAUCCCAGCAAAGUCCUCCCAUUUGAUCCCCCAGUAAACUGCUACAAUGAUAAUUGGCACACUAGAUAUGAAAAUGAGAAUUUGGUCACAGAAAAGGGUGAUAUUUGGUAUUCUGCUGACCCUUAUGCCACAAAUAAAAGUAACUUUCCCAUUUUCACAGCAUCUUCUGCGAUUGUGGAAGAAAAAUUAAGAUCUAAUUCUUCUCAGAAGAUUUUGUGGGCUCAAAAUACAAUCCACGCUUAUAAAAUUCCCGAGGCGAUGAACUCUAAGUCCUCUCGUUCACUGCAAGCCAGCCACAAUGCUGUUAAUGAUAUACAAGAGAACAAACAGUAUUUUUAUUCCUGCAGUGUACACAAACCACCCUUCGCAGAAGCAGAUUUGUUAGGCACCCUGGCCGGAUCCAGUAAACCAGAGGGAGAGCUCGACAGCUUUCUGCAUCCGUCCGGAAUUGACAAUCAUUCGGGUUUGGAACAGGAUAUAUAUAAAUGCAGCUUAAAAUACAUUUCCAGCUCUCAUCCUAAUGAGGCUGCACUAAGGACAAUCGACAACUAUGGAGAGAAGAAAUGUUCCUUCAGUUCCAAGGAAGAAAACAGCAGAAAUGUUUGGCAUCCACUUCUAAAACAGCAAACCAGAAUGCAGAAAUCACCUUCUCAUGGUCUGAACUUCAUGGAAACUCCUCAUAGUGAAAUUUAUGAGACCACCAACACCAUAUCUUGUUACAACCAUGACGCAGACAGCAGUGCAGCCCAACCACGCAAUGGAUUUAGGAAAGCACAAGGAAAUGAUAAUAGCAGCAGCCCUGACCUUCUUAUGAACCCAAGACAAGAAGAAACAUUGGAGCCUAUUGGUUUUCAGAAUCAACAUUUGUUAAAGAAGUCUGAAAGUCAAUCCCAGCACAACUCUGCCAGUAUAAAAAUAAAUAGAAAGACAACUCCUCUGCUUUAUUACCUUUCUGGUGGGAAAAAUUCUAACUUUAUGACUCACAAAACUCAUAAAACUCUGGAACAAGAAGAGUUCUCUACAAAAUCUUCAAGAAACAAUUGCCAAGUGUCAGCAGCUCUAAUAGAAAUUCCCAGGGACAGUAACACCCAUAUGGAUACUACCAGCACAGAUGAAAGGUUAAUUGUGGGGAGUCCCGCAUCAUCAGUGGAUGAUGCAUUCAAGAAUGUCUAUCGGGAAAAACUUAAAAUUGCUCAGAGCAAAGUCCUCCGAGAAACUUCUUUCAAGAGAAAAGAUUUACAGAUGAGCUUGCCUGUUCGGCUGAAGCCAAAACCCUCUUCAAGACCAUCCAUUGAACAUCUCAGGUCCUUGUCAUUAUCUAGUACUAAUGAGGAUUCUAAACCAAUUCCUCCCCUCAAGCCACUGGAAAAUGUCAAUAGAGAGGAUGAUUCCAAAAGGCCACAAGCCACUCGAAUUGGGGGCAGGAAAAGGGCCACUGCAGAACAGAAGAAGAUCUCCUAUUCUGAACCUGAGAAACUAAAUCAGCUGGAUGAUCAGAGAGAUCAAAGUGCAUCAUGGAAGACAAAAAAUGCAAGGUCCCGGUCUGAUGAGAUAAGUGAACAAGACACCAGGGUCCUUAGAAGUAAAGCUCUUGGAGCUCAAGGCAGGGCUCUUUCUAAGGCAGAACUGAAACAAAUACAGCACAAUGCACUUCUUGAGUACAUGGAACGAAAGACUGGACAGCGGCCUACUACUGCUAACCACAACACACAACAGAAGCCCCCUUUGCAACAGAGGACUUCAGAUUCAAAGAGGUUUUCGGAAGACAGACCCUCCAGUUCUAGUACCAGCAAAAAGUUAUUAAAUACAGACUGCUUCUCUCAACAUCUUCCUCCAGGGCGAAUCUCAGAGCCACUUUCCCCCCCUUCAUCUACCAUGACUGCUGAUUCUCCUGUCCCUGAAAUGGCUAAUUCAAGAGUGCAACCUUCUGGAAUUGAAGGGAGCUAUGCCAGCACCUUGGCAAAAAGUAUUUAUCACUCAUGUUCUUCUACCUCCAGCAGAGGCCAUGGGAAAUCAAAAUCCACUCCUACUCCAGUGCAGGAUUACUAUUCAUCUAUAGAUUCUAUAACGUGUCCAGCAUUAUCAUCUCAGGACCAUGGAUACUAUCCAACACAUCCCAGUUUUAGCCCCCUGUUGAAGGAGAACUUGGAAGUCGAUAAACAAGAUGCAUUGGGAUCUGCAAAGCAAGGAGCUUAUGUAGCUGGAAGAAGAGGGAAAUCUAUGGAAGAAACAGAAAGUCCUGAAAGGGUCAUACUGUCACCACUGAGCCAAAGUACAGACCAGCUUCACCAUCUGAAGGGCUGGCAUGGGUCCUCUGGGCUGGAGACUAACCAGAGCAGUCAGGGAGCAAACCAUCAAAAUGUUCUGCAGCAGAAUUGUGAGCCUGGAUCCAGAUGUCUGCCCAGGCAGUCGCCUGCUGAGGAUGCUACAUCUCUGAGGGAAUUAAAUUCAGCUUUUCAUGUGCUUGAAGCACCUCACAACACAAAAAGUAAUAAACUCACUAGGAUUUUCAUAAGCCUAGGGAAUCCAUCCCUAGGUCAUGCACCUCUGCUUCCUGAGGGUAGUAGGAUCGCAUCCUCAAACAUACCUGUGGAGCCUGUUUAUCCAUCACCAGUCUUUUCUCCAGGUGAGAUAGACAGUGAGGUUUUUAAGAAUUCUUUUGCCAGUGGCUCAGAAACAGCCUCAGACCUUCCCUCCUUCCAUGGACAAAGUCAGUGUUCAGCGGGAGACAGGAAGGCACCAGAACCUGCCUCUGCUGCUUCAGCUCUACAGAACACAAAAGGAAAGCAAACCAAGGAAAGACAAAAUGUCAGCUUCCCUCUCCCUGAGAAAGAAAAAUCUAAUUUUGGAGAGAGUGGAGAUGAUGAGAAUUCAGCAGGGAAUUCAUGUUGCUCAGGGAUGGUUCUUGAAUCUCCAGCUUUCUCCCUCAAAGAAAAGAACAACACAAAUUCUCAGCUGAAGAAAGAAAUCAGUGAAAACUCCCACAUGUCCUGUGCAUCUCAGUGGCAGCACAAACAGGCAAAUGAUACAACACAUCCCUCAGAGAGCAGGCAACACUGUUGCACAGUUCUGUUAGACACCCAAGGACAUGAAAAUACAAGGCAUCCAUUAGCAAAUCCAGAAGCCUUGCAGAACGAAUGUAAAAGCAGCUCUCCAGUGCAAGACGCAGGUUUAUUUAUGGCUGAAUCAAAAUCUCCAGAGGACCAGAGGUGUGAAGAUCUUGCUACUGAGAUUAUUGCCAAAGACAAGUCCCUGGUUGAUAUCCUCAUGCCCCAUCCCAUUAGGAAAACUGCUUUAGAGCUCAUGGAAGGCCUUUUCCCUGUGAACUUUUCUGUGUCAAGCAGACCCAGCAGAAAGAAGGAGGGAAUUCAGAUUGUUCAAGAAAACGACCAAAGAAGCAAUGAAUCUGCAACAGAUCCAUCUCAUGGAAUUGAAGACAGAAAGAGCCUUAAUGAUGCAGAUGACAUCACAUCCAAGAAAAGAGAACUUAUUUCUAAUAUACAAUUGAAACUGCAGGCUCUGUGGGAUGAGAAAGAGCUUAUCCAGAGUGAAGCUAAGGCUCAUGCUGCACAUGGCAAAGAGCUGGAGUUGAUAGUGCAAGGUCUCUGUAAGCCCAAUGAGUAUGAGCGCUACUUGAUGUUCAUUGGUGAUCUGGAGAAGGUGGUGAGCCUGCUGCUGUGCCUCUCCAGCCGCCUUGCUCGGGUCCAGAAUGCAAUGGGGAAAACGGAUGAAAACACGGAUGCUGAGGAGAAGUAUUCACUCAAUGAGCGGCACAGACUCCUGUCCAGGCAGCGGGAGGAUGCAAAGGACCUGAAGGAGAACCUGGAUCGCAGAGAAAGAGUGGUGUCAGGUAUCCUUUCCAAAUACAUGACAGAGAACCAGCUUCAGGACUACAGGCAGUUUGUACAGGAAAAGACAUCUUUGUUGAUUGAACAAAAGGACCUUGAGGAGCGGAUUAUGUUUCUCGAAGAGCAACUGGAGAGGCUGGAGAAGAGUAUUCCUUCUUGAACCCACAUUUGUAGGUUGCUUGUUCUCUUACCUGAAGCAUUUGUACUAGAAUUUUUUCUUCAUUCACAGAUCUGCCACUUAAGACUUGGGCAAGACUGUUUUUCAUAACUUCCCAGAGGGAUCAGAUGCCCCACUGUUGACAAGGGCUUACUUGGCCUAGGCACACAUUCUUAGGAGAAAAUGACAAAACCUUCCCUGUAGGUAGCCAGUUUUAUCUUGAAAUGACUGAUGCAAUAUAUGAUACCUUUUGAUAAGGAGCAGAUGUUUUGUUUUUCUUCCUGCUGACUGCCAGUCUGUUCUGCUUUCAGAUUGACAUUAUCUUAAUAAAAACAACAGCAACAACAAAUCA